UCGCUGAUCAACUUCCGGAUUACGGGCAAAAAAAAAAAAAAAACAACAAACAAAAGCACGGAUUUGUGUCACGUACAAGUGUGAUUUCCUGAGCAGUUUAGUCAUCAACCGGUAUGUAAAAUCCCGAUACUACUGAAUAUAAAGAACGGCAAAAGAAGCCUGAUGGAUUCACUAACACGUGUCAGAGAAGGCUGUGAGACCAUGCAGGAGACCGACUCCCCGCUGCCUCCCAUCUCUGAGCGCUUGGCUUAUCUGAGACCAUCUCGUGAGCUGCUGGAGUUUUACAGACAGAAAGUGGCUCAGUUUGAUGCAGAACAUGAUGACCUGCUGCAGCUGCUUGAGAAGUAUAAGAGCACUACAGAGGACCAGCACAAGCUGCAGUGGGAAGUGCGUCAGCGGGAAGAGGAGAUCGCAGAACUGCAGAAGGCUCUGAGUGACAUGCAGGUCUACCUCUUUCAGGAGCGAGAACAGGCUCUUCGGCUGUACGCCGAGAACGACCGCCUGAAGAUCAAAGAGCUUGAAGACCGGAAGAAGAUUCAGCACCUUUUAGCGCUGGUGGGCCCAGACACAGGCGAGAUCACCUAUUUUCACAGAGAGCCUCCACACAAGGUCACUAUUCCACAAAAGAAACUCCAAGCCAGAACCCAGGAGUAUGGAAAUGUGGCAAAACCAACGCCUGGAUCAUCUAAAGAAGGGAGUAAGAGACUGUCCAAAAGUGGAGGAGACGACACAAACUCUGAGCAGUACAAGAAAGACAACCAGACACUUUUAUUACAGGUGGAGGCACUGCAGGCACAGCUGGAAGAGCAGACACGCCUGGCUAAAGAGCAGGUGGAAUGCCUGCUGGAGGAUAGACGAAUUCACAUGGAGGAGGGGCAGGUCCAGCAUCAGAGAGACCAGGAGAGAACCACUGCAUUAACUGAGAAACUCCAGCGCACACAGAAUUUGCUCUACGAGAGCACCAGAGACUUCCUGCAGCUGAAGUUUGAAAGUCGAGCCCAUGAGAAGAGCUGGAUGGUGGAGAAGGACAGGCUCCUCAGAGAGAUGGACUCGUGUCAGGAGAGGUUAAGGGAGACGCGCAGCUUCCAAGAGAAGCCGAGAGCCUUCACAACCCCGUUGUUUCUCACCCAAACCACUCCAGAGAGCAGCCAGAUGCAUCGUGAUGAGAUCAGGGCGCUGCAAGAGGAGUUGAAGCAAGCCCAUAAGCUAGCAGACAUGUACAGGGAGCAGUGUGUAGGUCUAGAGACUGACCUGGCACAGAUCCGAGAGGAGGGAGACGUAGGCAGAGAGAUCUUCAAGGAGCGCUCGGACAAAAUGGCCAAGCGUCUCCAGUUAAUGACUCAGCGUUAUGAAGCUCUGGAAAAGAGGCGCUCCAUGGAGGUGGAAGGCUUCAAGACUGACAUCAAACAUCUGCGACAGAAACUCAAAGAUGUGGAGAAGCAGCUCUUUAAGGUGACUCUUAACGUGGGGCCAGAUCAGGAUUUGGCCAUCCUGCAUGAAGUUCGACAGUCAAACGCACGCACAAAGAAAAUCCAGGACGAAUUAAAAAGCCUAAAAGCAAAGAUAUACGGACUAGAGAAUGAACUGAGAUUCAGCUGAAUUUUAAAAUGUGGAAAAUCUUGCCCUUUUUUGAGCACUUUCUAUGCAGCCUAAUAUCGAUUUUUCACAAAGGAAUGAGUGAGGAGUGAGUUAAUCAGUUUUAUUGAUUGAUUAUGAUUGACCGGUUCAUUAUUCAGUAUCAUUAUUGUGUAACAUUGGCGUGUAGACAAUAGCCAUGCAGAACAGAGGACUUGUGAUUUUAUAUGGUUGGUAUAUGGCAAAAAAUGUGUAUUGUAGAUUUUUCAGAUGUUUUCUAUUUUAGUCAUUUAUUUAUUUAUCUUAAACGGUUUAAUAAAAAAUGAAAUGCUUUGCAGGUA